AUGGCACUGCCUCCAGGGCCAGCUACCCUCCUGCACACACUUCUGCUCCUGCCGGCCCUUCUGAGCUCAGGUUGGGGGGAGCUGGCGCCACAAAUUGAUGGUCAGACCUGGGCAGAGCGGGCACUUCGAGAGAAUGAACGCCAUGCCUUCACCUGCCAUGUGGCAGGGGGACUUGGCACCCCUCGAUUGGCCUGGUACCUGGAUGGACAGCUGCAGGAGGCCAGCACCUCGAGACUGCUGAGUGUGGGCAGGGAGGCCUUCUCUGGAGGCACAAGCACUUUCACUGUCACUGCCCAGCGGGCCCAGCAUGAACUCAACUGCUCCCUGCAGGACCCAGGCAGUGGCCAGUCAGCCAAUGCAUCCGUUAUCCUCAAUGUGCAAUUUAAGCCGGAGAUUGCUCAGGUUGGGGCCAAGUACCAGGAAGCUCAGGGCCCAGGCCUUCUGGUCAUCCUCUUUGCCCUCGUGCGUGCCAACCCGCCUGCCAAUGUGACCUGGAUCGACCAGGAUGGGCCAGUGACUGUCAACACCUCGGACUUCCUGGUGCUGGAUGCCCAGAACUACCCCUGGCUCACCAACCACACCGUGCAGCUGCAGCUCCGCAGCCUGCCACACAACCUCUCGGUGGUGGCCACCAACGACGUGGGUGUCACCAGUUCCUCGCUUCCAGCCCCAGGGCUCCUGGCCACCCGGGUGGAAGUGCCACUGCUGGGCAUCAUUGUGGCUGGAGGGCUUGCCCUGGGCACCCUGGUGGGGUUCAGCACCUUGGUGGCCUGCCUGAUCUGCAGGAAAGAGAAGAAGACCAAAGGCCCCUCCCGGCGCCCAUCCCUGAUCUCUAGUGACUCCAACAACCUGAAACUCAGCAACGUGCGCCUGCCACGCGAGAACAUGUCCCUCCCGUCCAACCUUCAGCUCAAUGACCUCACUCCAGACUGCAGAGGGAAACCAGCAGACCGGCAGACGGCUCAGGACAACAGCAGGCCAGACCUUCUGGACCCGGAGCCUGGUGGCCUCCUCACCAGCCGAGGUUUCAUCCGCCUCCCAAUGCUGGGCUACAUUUACCGGGUGUCCAGUGUGAGCAGUGAUGAAAUCUGGCUCUGA